AAAAGAGAGCAGAUUAAUAUUUGGUACCUUGAUUUCUGUAUGGUCACUCUCCCAUCUCCAUCUCAGUCCACCCACUCUCACUCAUAAACUGCUGAGAGAGAGAGAGAGAGAGAGAGAUGGAGUCCACAGGGAGAGAUGGCAUAGUCACUGAUGAAGGCAACCAGCACCAGCAACCCCUGUUACAACCCAAACAGCUACCCUCGGCGGAGCCGGUGAGCUCGGCCCUCGAGGACGUGCUGUCCGACCCCGAGCUGCCCUACUUCAAGCGCCUCCGGCGAGCCACGUGUAUCGAGCUCAAAACCCUAUUCCGCCUCGCCGCUCCUGCCGUCGUCGUCUACCUCCUCAACAAUGUCACCUCCAUGUCCACCCAGAUCUUCUGCGGCCACCUUGGCAACCUCGAGCUCGCCGCCGCCUCCCUCGGCAACAAUGGCAUCCAAAUCUUCGCCUACGGCCUCAUGCUCGGGAUGGGGAGCGCGGUGGAGACGCUUUGCGGGCAAGCCUACGGCGCCCACAAGUACGAGAUGCUCGGCGUCUACCUCCAGCGGUCGACAAUCCUCCUGAUGGCGACCGGGAUCCCAGUCAUGUUCAUCUAUAUAUUCUCCAAGCAAAUCCUCCUCCUCCUCGGCGAGUCCACCUCCAUCGCAUCUUCGGCGGCGGUCUUUGUCUACGGCCUCAUCCCACAGAUCUUCGCCUAUGCUGCCAACUUCCCAAUCCAAAAGUUCCUGCAGUCGCAGAGCAUCGUGAACCCGAGCGCCUACAUAUCCGCCGCAACCUUCGCCGCGCACCUCCUCCUCAGCUGGAUCGUGAUCUACAAGCUCGGGGUCGGGCUCCUCGGGGCCUCCCUCAUGCUGAGCUUCUCGUGGUGGGUCAUCGUGGUGGCCCAGUUCGUGUACAUACUGGUGAGCGACCGGUGCAAGCACACCUGGAGGGGUUUCAGCUCGCAGGCCUUCACGGGGCUGUGGGAGUUCUUGAAACUCUCAACGGCGUCGGCGGUGAUGCUGUGCUUGGAGUGCUGGUAUUAUCAGAUCUUGGUGUUGAUCGCUGGUCUGCUCCAGAACGCUGAGAUUGUCUUGGACGCUCUCUCCAUCUGCAUGACGAUAUCGGGAUGGGUCCUCAUGAUCUCAGUGGGAUUUAAUGCAGCUGCAAGUGUGAGAGUGAGCAACGAGCUAGGAGCCGGACACCCGAGAGCAGCUGCAUUCGCGGUGAUAGUGGUGACGUCCAGCUCGUUCCUCGUCGCUGUCUUCUUGGCGAUCGUAGUGAUGGCGUUGCGCCACAUCAUCAGCUACGUCUUCACAAGUGGGACCACCGUCUCUGACGCCGUGUCCGAGCUCUCUCCCUUCCUCGCCGUCUCCAUCAUCCUCAAUGGCAUUCAACCCGUUCUCUCUGGAGUGGCUGUCGGGUGUGGAUGGCAAGCUUUUGUCGCGUAUGUGAACGUGGGAUGCUAUUACAUUAUCGGCAUUCCACUUGGUGUGCUCUUGGGCUUCAAGUUUGAUCUUGGAGCUAAGGGAAUUUGGUCUGGCAUGAUUGGAGGCACUACAAUCCAGACUUUGAUUCUAAUCUGGUUCACUUAUCGGACAAACUGGGACAAGGAGGUUGAGAAAGCAAGAAAUCGUUUGGAAACGUGGGAAGACAAGAAAGAGCCUCUCUCCAAUGAAUGAUGCGGAUCUUCGCAUUGGUCAGCCGAUUACAUGUUGAAUUGAUUUGCACUUGAACCCCAAAAUAAGAGCCAACGUGACAAUUUUCCAGCAAAAUAAAGGGAAGGAAAAUCAGAAAAAUAAUAUUUUAGCACAAGAUACAAGUAUCUUCUUGAGUGGAAACAGCCAUCCUUGGUCCCCAUGUUCUUUUUUCUUGUUCUGUCAUUUCAUAAUCUAAGCUUGGUUUAUUUUCAUUGUUGUUUGGAUGCUUAGCUCAUUGACUUAUUUGUACUCGCCCAUCAUUAGUUGACCAAAAGAUUUUCCUUUCACCAGCCAAACAAA